AUCCAUAGUUGGAACCAGGAAAACAUUCCGCUUUUUUUGAAUGACGAGCAGUAGUGUUCAUACAGGGCGUGUUCUCGAUAUUAAGAAUAUUUCAGCGUACAGUAUGAAGUUUCUUAUUUCAGAAGGUCGCGUCAUACAGGUGAAGACAAUGCCGUAGCAAAGUCAGUAGCAGACAAAAACCAAAAGCAGAGAUUGCACGGGAUCAUUAUGAAAAUGGACGCAAUGGUUCAAUUAAUGUAUAUGUAUUUUCUGUAUUAGGCAUUAUUUUAUGUUGAUCGCAUAGGGGGCCAGUUUCACGGCAAUUAGCCAUGGGUAAUGUUAAUUUGAAACAAACAUGUCCUUGUUUGCUGAACCGCUGUCCUUGCCGGUUUAAACAACAGAUAUGCGAAAAAACUGAAGCUGACAACACAAAUACUGGAAUAGCAAAUUCUGCGCUAGAUCCGGAUGAUAUUACCAAGGCUUUGCCACCCUUACCCCCACCAGACCAAAGCCGCUACUUUGUAGCCCUGUUUGACUACAAGGCUAGGACCGAUAAAGACUUGAGUUUCAACGAAGGGGACAAGCUGGAAGUGUUGAACUCCAGUACUGGUGACUGGUGGCUGGCCAGGGCACUGAAGGAGACGUCUGGGAAGAAAGAAGGAUAUAUUCCUGCCAAUUAUGUUGCACCCAUUGAAAGCAUCGAAUCUGCACCGUGGUACUUUGGAGGAAUAAAACGAGCUGAUGCAGAAAAAGCACUUCUGUCACCAGGAAAUGAAACUGGCGCUUUCCUUAUCCGAGAAAGUGAAACUCAGAAAGGAGACUACUCACUAUCAAUUUUGGAUAAUUCCAUUGUUAAGCACUACAAAAUACGAAAGCGGGAUGCCGGGGGUUACUUUGUAUCUAAAAAAAAACAAUUGAACACAUUAAGGGAGCUUGUUGAGCACUACUCAGACACUGUGGACGGCCUUUGUGUGAAGCUUGGCUCACCAUGCAGGAAGCUGGAGAUUCCUCAGACCCAUGGCUUGUCCUACAACACAGUAGACCAUUGGGAAAUUGAACGUUCUUCUGUGAAGCUACUCACAAGAUUGGGAGCUGGUCAGUUUGGGGAUGUGCAUGAAGGACUGUGGAAUGAGACUACACCUGUUGCAGUGAAAACACUGAAGCCGGGGACUAUGGACCCCAAGGACUUCCUUGGAGAGGCACAGAUGAUGAAGAAGCUGAUACACCAGCUUAUCCAGCUGUACGCCGUUUGUACGUUACAGGAACCAAUUUACAUCAUCACCGAGCUGAUGAAAAACGGAAGCCUACACGAAUACCUACAGAAGGAUGGAGGGAGGCGGCUCCGUAUUCCUGACCAGGUAGAACAGGCUGCUCAAGUGGCUGCAGGAAUGGCUUACCUGGAGUCCCAGAACUAUAUCCACAGGGAUUUGGCUGCCAGAAACGUACUGGUUGGUGAAAAUAACAUCUGCAAAGUAGCUGACUUUGGACUAGCCAGAGUAUUCAUGGCAGAGAAUGAAGGUGUGUACGAGGCCAAACUAGGAACUAAAUUCCCUGUGAAAUGGACAGCACCUGAAGCAAUCAAUUUAAACAAAUUUUCCAUCAAAUCUGAUGUGUGGUCCUUUGGAAUCCUACUGUAUGAAAUAGUGACAUUUGCAAAGACGCCUUACCCUGGCUUGACAAACUACCAGGUGAUCCAGGAGCUGGCCAAGGGGUACAGGAUGCCCUCCCCUGCCGGCUGCCCUGCGCAGCUUUACGAGAUCAUGACUGAGUGCUGGAAAGAUGAUGCGAAUGAGCGGCCCACAUUUGAAACGCUGCAGUGGAAACUUGAGGACUAUUUCAAUUUAGAUGUCACAUCCUACCACGAUGCUUCUACGUACUAUGGAAAAUUCACUUAAAAAAAGUCAACCACUGUAAUUUUUACCAUAGUAAAUUUGCACUGUUAUGUAUGCAAUUUACUGUGCUUCCCCCAUGUGAUCCAAUACUUGUAUGUACGCAUUCACCAUGAUUUAGUGCACUUUGCUGUGCUUUUACCAUAAUAUAACACAGUCAUUUUUUACACAGUCGUUUCUUUGGGGUUACUCUAGUCUAGGAUUUUGUUUGGAAUAUAAACUGCCAUAAAUACUAACUUUGGUUUUCACCAAUUUGCUUAAAUGAAAUUUUGAUUGAACUCACACAGGAAAAUUACUGGAAAAGGUUCCUUGACAAUUUGCCUUAUGUUUCAGAUUUAAGGUACUAGAUUUUAAUAUUGGAAGAAAGGAGCAUACUUGUAAAGCCUAUGUACUGUAUGCAUGCAUUUGCCACAUUUUUUAAAUGCAAGGCAGUAUUCUAUUUCAUUGUCUUUAAAAGCUGACAUUUUAGACUGUGACAUUUGCCAGUGAGUAUUUUAUGAUUUUAUGAUAGCACUUUUUUUGCUGUAUUUAUAUUGUUUGUAAAUUUGUUGAGGAGAUGAUUGUCUAUUCAGCGACACCAAGCUAUUUACUGUAUAAUAAAAAUCCUCAGAUCCUAACCAUA